AUGCAGAGCAUCUCAGUGGAUGUCUUAGUGUGUGGAGGUGGCAUGUCCGGCAUGGCCUGCGCUGCCUUCGCCGCCGAGUCCGGGGCGAAAGUCCUGGUGGUUGAGAAGCAAGCAGUGGUCGGUGGUUCGUCAAAUUACUCUGCGGGGAUGUUUUGGGCACCCAAGAAUUACCAGAGUUUGCGAUCGUGGGUACCAGAUGGUGACCCGCAGCUUCAAGUAGCAUGGAUGAAGGACUACUUGCCCGCAGUACAAUGGAUGCGAGAGAAUGGUAUACCCACAGCUCAGCGGUUCGAUGGAAUCAUGACAAUUGGCAUUGGCUUUCCCAUCAAGAUCCCUGAUCUCCACCAACACCACCGACACCGCAUACAAAAUACCGACACAGCAUCCCAGAUCUUCACCAAUACCGCUGUUGUCAAGCUCCUUCAAGAGCAGCCUGGAGUGCCCGGCUCUCGGAUCGUCGGGGCGAUCAUUCGCCGUGGGCCAGUAGAUGGCGCGGGCGCGGUCUAUUACGAAGUCAAGGCUCAGCACGUAGUCCUUGCCACCGGUGGUUUCCAAGGGAAUGCAGAACUGACGUCUAUGCACCUCGGCCAGGGAGGAGACAAUAUCUUUGUACGCUCGAAUAGAGGAUCGGUCGGAGAUGGAUUUACGCUGGCCACUGCGGUAGGAUCAGGGACGAGUCGGGGGAUGAAUACAUAUUAUGGCCAUUUGUUGGCGGCUCCUCUGCGGUCAGAAGAGGUCAAUCCCAAGGAUUUUUUGUCGCUGGCACAAUAUCAAAGCAAAUAUUGCCUGCUGGUUAACGAGAGCGGACGGAGGUUUGCCGACGAGACAACCGGUGAUGAAAUUGUGAACCAAUACCUCGCGAAACAGGAGAAGCGUCGUGGAUUCCUUAUGUUCAAGUAUACCAUCUUCCCUGCUGUCAGCGGCACUACAGCCCAAGAACUGACCUUAUAUACCCUCAGCGACCGGACAAGAAGACAGCACUGCAUUUCGGCUCCGUUUCCCAACGCGGGAGAAAUCGAUCGGCUUGCGAAAGCCCGCGAACACGGAUGCAACGUCGCUAGUGCUCCCUCCCUAGACGGGUUAGCAGAGAUUCUCAAUCAGUGGGGGGUAGAUGGCCCGCAAGCCCUCCGAACAAUCGAACAAUACGAUCGCAUGAUACGGCUAGGCGAUACGACAUCUACGCUCGACGCGCUGGUCGGAAAAGCUGGAAAGCCUCCUGUUCCUUUGGUGGACGGUGAAGGGCCAUUCUUCGUCAUGGAAGUCCAACCAUCAAUUACGUUCACCUACGGCGGCGUUCUCAUCGACACCAAGGGCCGUGCCCUCACUCCCGACAAGACACCUAUCCCGGGUUUAUUGAUCGCCGGUGUCGAUGGCGGAGGAUUUAGCAAUCUGGGGUACGCUGGUGGUCUCGCGCUGGCAUUCGUCACUGGUCUUUGGGCUGCCAGGACCAUCGCGACCGAGUUGAAGUUGCCAAUGCCGCAGCUGCCGGCAGCUGAUUUGCGAGACGCAGGACCACACGAGGAUCCGGUCAUCGCCAGUCGGCUAUAG